AUCAAAGCGGGAGCGGCGCGAGCCGGGCAGGGGCCGGGCCGGUACCGGGCGGGUCCGCGCGCGCGUGUGACGGGGAGCGGCGGGGGGGCGGACCCUUGCUCCAUCCCUCCCGCCGGAUAAAGCCCUGGGCGGCCCGCGCGGGGCGGGAGGCGGCUGAUCGGCAGCGCUCGGCGCUGGUGUUCCUCUCCGGGAAAGUGUUGUGACGGCGGCGGCGACACCGGGAAGCAUGAGGGGCAGCGGGGCGCCGCGCUGCAGCAGCGGUGGCGGCGGCGGCGAGCACAUGGCAUAGCCGGGGGGACGCCGGCGAGAGCCCGACCGGGGCAAUCAGCGGUUUGGUGGGGCGAGCGCGGCUCCCUGCAUGUGGGGAGUGAGGCGAGCCAGGGAGCGCAGCGGCAUCGGCGAGCACCCGGCGGCGCGGUCCUGAGUACCCGGGCAACGGCGGCCGCCCGCCCGCCAUGGAUUGCAGCCUCCUCCGGACCCUCGUGAGCCGAUACUGUGCUGGAGAAGAGAAUUGGGUGGACAGUCGGACUAUUUAUGUUGGGCAUCGUGAACCACCGCCAGGCGCUGAAGCGUACAUUCCACAGAGAUUUCCAGAUAAUCGAAUAGUCUCAUCAAAGUACACAUUUUGGAACUUUGUACCGAAAAAUUUGUUCGAGCAAUUCAGAAGAAUAGCUAACUUCUAUUUUCUCAUAAUUUUCCUUGUUCAGUUAAUUAUUGAUACGCCUACUAGUCCUGUUACAAGUGGACUUCCACUUUUAUUUGUCAUCACUGUAACAGCUAUCAAACAGGGUUAUGAAGAUUGGCUUCGACAUAAAGCUGACAGUGCAAUGAACCAGUGCCCUGUACAUUUCAUUCAACAUGGAAAACUGGUUAGAAAGCAAAGCCGAAAGUUAAGAGUUGGAGAUAUUGUAAUGGUAAAAGAAGAUGAAACAUUCCCAUGUGACUUAAUAUUUCUAUCAAGUAGUAGAGGAGAUGGAACAUGUUUUGUUACAACAGCUAGUUUGGAUGGUGAAUCCAGUCAUAAAACUUACUAUGCUGUUCAAGACACAAGGGCAUUUCACAAUGAACAAGAAAUCGAUGCACUACAUGCCACCAUUGAAUGUGAACAACCUCAGCCUGACCUUUAUAAAUUUGUUGGUCGAAUAAAUGUUUACCAUGAUAGAAACGAGCCUACUGCAAGGCCAUUAGGAUCCGAAAAUCUGCUUCUUAGAGGAGCCACUUUAAAGAACACAGAAAAAAUCUUUGGUGUUGCUAUUUACACUGGCAUGGAAACUAAGAUGGCAUUAAAUUACCAAGCAAAAUCACAGAAGCGAUCUGCUGUAGAAAAAUCAAUGAAUGCAUUCCUUAUUGUAUACCUCUGUAUUCUCAUCAGUAAAGCACUAAUAAAUACUGUCCUGAAGUAUGUCUGGCAGAGUGAUCCAUUUCGUGAUGAGCCGUGGUAUAAUCAGAAAACAGAGCCAGAAAGGAAAAGAAAUCUGUUUCUUCAGGCUUUAACAGACUUCCUUGCAUUCAUGGUUCUUUUCAACUACAUUAUACCUGUAUCCAUGUAUGUCACUGUGGAAAUGCAGAAAUUUCUUGGUUCCUAUUUCCUUACAUGGGAUGAGGAAAUGUUUGAUGAGGACACAGGUGAAGGACCAUUGGUGAAUACUUCUGACCUCAAUGAAGAGUUGGGACAGAUUGAGUAUGUCUUCACAGAUAAAACAGGAACAUUAACUGAGAACAACAUGGAAUUUGUAGAAUGUUGCAUUGAAGGGCACAUUUACGUACCACAUGUUAUCUGCAAUGGCCAAGUUCUCCACGAUUGUACAGGCAUUGAUAUGAUUGAUUCUUCUCCAGGCGGAAGUGGAAAGGAGAGAGAGGACCUGUUUUUCCGAGCUCUUUGUCUUUGCCACACCGUUCAGGUAAAAGAUGAUGACAGUGUAGACGGAUUAAGGAAAAGCCAGCUCUCAAGACCUUGUAUAUAUAUAUCGUCAUCACCUGAUGAAGUUGCUUUAGUUGAGGGAAUACAGAGACUUGGUUACACCUAUCUAAGGCUGAAGGACAAUUUUAUGGAGAUCUUAAAUCGGGAAAAUAACAUAGAGAAGUUUGAAUUAUUAGAGGUUUUGAGUUUUGAUUCUGUGAGGCGACGAAUGAGUGUGAUUGUUAAAUCUUCAGGAGGUGAUAUAUUUCUGUUUUGUAAGGGAGCAGAUUCUUCCAUAUUUCCUAGAGUCAAAGAAGGCAAAAUUGACCAAAUACGCUCCAGAGUUGAACGCAAUGCAGUGGAGGGACUGCGAACGUUGUGUGUUGCGUAUAAAAAGCUCACAGCAGAAGAAUAUAGCUGCGCACAGAAGCUGCUUCAGAAUGCAAAGUUGGCCCUCCAGGACCGGGAAAAGAAAUUGGCAGAAGUGUAUGAGAAAAUAGAAAGAGAUUUUAUUUUGCUUGGUGCUACAGCUGUUGAAGAUCGGCUACAAGAAAAAGCUGCUGAUACUAUUGAAUCACUCCAGAAAGCUGGAAUUAAAGUUUGGGUUCUGACAGGAGACAAAAUGGAGACAGCGGCAGCUACUUGCUAUGCUUGCAAACUCUUCCGGAGAAAUACACAAUUACUUGAGCUAACCACAAAGAAAAUUGAGGAACAGAGUUUACAUGAUGUGCUUUUUGACCUAAGCAAAACUGUCCUAAGACACAGUGGCAGCUUAACCAGGGAUACUUUCUCAGGACUUUCAACAGAUAUGCAAGAUUAUGGUUUAAUUAUUGAUGGAGCAGCAUUAUCAUUAAUAAUGAAACCAAGACAAGAUGGGAGCUCUGCUAACUACAGAGAGCUCUUUCUUGAAAUUUGCAGGAACUGCAGUGCAGUGUUAUGCUGUCGAAUGGCACCUCUGCAAAAAGCACAGAUUGUAAAAUUGAUUAAGUUAUCAAAGGAGCAUCCUAUCACAUUAGCAAUUGGUGAUGGAGCAAAUGAUGUCAGUAUGAUUCUAGAAGCACAUGUCGGUAUAGGAAUCAUUGGCAAAGAAGGUCGUCAAGCAGCAAGAAACAGUGACUAUGCAAUACCUAAAUUUAAACAUUUGAAAAAAAUGUUGCUUGUUCAUGGGCAUUUUUAUUAUGUUAGGAUAUCUGAACUUGUGCAAUACUUCUUUUAUAAGAAUGUCUGCUUCAUUUUUCCUCAGUUUUUAUAUCAGUUCUUCUGUGGGUUUUCACAACAGACUUUAUACGAUACUGCGUAUCUAACACUCUACAAUAUCAGCUUCACUUCCCUUCCUAUCCUCUUGUACGGUCUAAUGGAACAACAUGUCAGUGCAGACACACUCAAGAGAGAGCCUUCCCUGUACAGAGAUGUUGCCAAGAAUGCUUUGCUGCGCUGGCGUGCAUUUAUUUAUUGGACAUUCCUAGGAGUGUUUGAUGCUGUGGUAUUUUUCUUUGGUGCCUAUUUCUUGUUUGACAAUACAGUUGUGACCAGCAAUGGACAGAUGUUUGGAAACUGGACCUUUGGAACAGUGGUGUUUACUGUGCUCGUAUUCACAGUUACAUUGAAGCUUGCACUAGAUACGCACUAUUGGACGUGGAUAAAUCACUUCAUGAUCUGGGGAUCACUGGUAUUCUACAUUGUCUUUUCUCUGCUCUGGGGAGGAAUUACUUGGCCUUUUCUCAAUUAUCAGAGGAUGUAUUAUGUGUUCAUGCAAAUGCUGUCUAGUGGUCCUGCGUGGCUGGGUAUAAUUCUGCUUAUAACUGUCAGCCUUCUUCCAGAUGUUCUUAAGAAGGUCUUAUGCAGACAAUUGUGGCCUACAGCAACAGAAAGAAUCCAGAAGUGUAUGAGAAAUAAAACAGCCCUAAAUGCACUGGUGAACAGCGAUGGGCCACUUCUUGAAGGAAAUCUUUCAGCUUCCGAGCCAUAAUUAGAUCAAAGCUAGAAUGCAUCAAGGCACUGUCGGGAACACAUCUCAGAAUUCACACCUCUUGCCUGUCUGAAAAGCCCAGGAUACAGGAGCAGUGACUGCAGCCAUUCCCCAGCAAGAAGGUCUAAUUCUCAUUCUAAAAAAAUGAUGUUUACGCAUUGGAGAGGCAUUGAUUAUUCAGUACUUCCAUCUGUCUUUGGCUAUUCAAAUAAGCAGGGCCGUUCCAGGGCAGGCUACCGCUACAGUGGGUCAGGUUUGGAAACGUCUGUUUGACAGAACACCAAGUCAAGCCUUUAAAAACUGUAUUUUUGUUGAUUUCUUUUUUCAGGAAACAAACAUGUCACAGAAAUAUAUUAAACUGUACGUGGCUUUUGCUGUCUGAGGUAAUGUUCAGACAAACAGGAUCAAGAGCUGGAAGUAUGAACCCUUCCAGGCCAAUAGGCCUCUUUUUAUGUUUUGAACUACUGGAGCAAUGAACAAUCUGCACAGUCUGGUACUGUGAGACUGGUAGCACUAAAAUUCUCUUCAUUCUGUGUCAAGACUUUUGUGCAUUUACUGCUUCUGUCAUCUUUAGUCAUUUUCUUUGUUACUUGAACUGUAUAGUUUCAGUCAGUGACCUACAUUUUGAGAUCAACAGUUUUAAUUUUCAGCCAGAAGCAAUGACCUCAGUUAUCUCCAAUGAAAGUCUCCUAAAGCAUAUUUAACAAGUGCUGUUUCUGAUUUUCCUCUGUCCUUUUUCUUUCUUUGCUCUUUCUGUAGAACAAACUGGUGUUUCCUCUGUGCAAAUCUGCUUUCAAGAAACACUCUCUAAUGUUCACUUCCUUGUAAGUGGCCAAAUCAGGGCUAUGUCUGGUUUUCAGUUAGUUUUCCCCCCUAGCAAGAUAGGCAAAGCUAUCCCUGUGUAGAGAGUGUAAACGCUACAUGAAGUCAAGUUGGCUGUUAAAUAGGUGAAUAUCAUCAAUGUUGAUAUCUACUCAAAAACUGAAUGUAAGCAUUUUGCCUAAAAGGUUUUUGUGAAUUUCUCAAAGAUGCAGGUUACACGCUGUUCCUACUUCCUCACCCUGUGACUGUAAAAUACACAUAGCAGAAAGUUAUUAUAUAUUAAGCUUUUCUUUGACACUUUUUUUUUUCCUUAAAAGAAGAAAAGCUGUUUUUCAAAAUAAGCGUCUUUCACUAUCUGAAUGCAUCCUCUUAAUUUUGAUAUUUUUGUGCACGUGUCUCUGGUUAAAUACUGGCUAAUCGGCUUGGUAGGUGUAUUAGAAAGCACGCAGCUGGUAACUUCUGCAAGCGAACCACGAGGUGGCACACGGCUGUUUACUAAUAGUUGAACCGUAGUGGUGAUAGGGAAACUAGUUUGCAAGGAUUCUGUUCCAAUUACUUUAAGAAUGACAGCCAACUUGCACUUCUGUUUUCUCUGCUACGUUUAUGUCACCUUGCACUAAUUCAACUAUUAGCUGUGUCCUUGUCUUGUUUCUUUAGUCCAGUGUUUUAUUUUGGGGUGCAAAAAUAUCUGAAGGAGCAAUCUGAUUUCAGUGAAUUUUCAGCCUGGUGGUUAGAACUGGUUAAUAACUAUAGUCACUAAAUACCUCUGGGAGUACAUUAGCUAAAAAUUUAUUUCAACGUGAAAACAAGAUAUUUGGAGUCAGAGCUGCAGCCUUUAUUGGAAGACCUGGCCAAGACAUUGUUAGUUGUCUUUCAAAUGGACUAGGGUGGCAGAGAAAAGUUAUACCAGAGGCAAAAUAGUUCACUAACUAAUUGACUGUUUAAUAAAAGAACUUCCUAGGCAAUGUUCCUCACAUUAUUCUGAGUGAUUUUCGCAUUCAAGAAGCAGUGAAAUAUUACAAUGCCCUGGGACAAGCGGAGAUUGUAAAGUAAAAUUUUCAGUAUACCAAAGAUAAGAGAAUUUUAGAGAGUCUAAAGUUGAGCACCACAGAUGAAGGUAUUCUUGCCAUUUAACAUGUAGCACUUUUAAGUUUCAAAGAAUGUCCUUAUAGCAGUAACAUUUUGAAAUACAUACAUACAUAGGGGUGUGGGUGUGUGUACAUAUACUUGCCAUUGCAGACUUGAAUGUUGGUCAGUUAGAACCGUCCCCUACAUAAAACACUGGUGUAUAUAUUUUUAAAAAGUUAAUAUGGGUAUAAAUUUUAUACCAGUAGCGGUGACAAAUUUCUUGUGUGUAGUUACAAAAUUAUUUGUAAUGUAUUUUUUAGAAAUCUUAAAACUGCCUUUGCACUGAAAUAUUUUUCAUACCGUAGCUAUUUAUAAAUCUGUUUUAGGCAUACAUUUGUUAACACACCAUUUCUAUUUUUUUUAAGUAUAUGUUUUGAAGGCUUUUUUUAUACCUAUGAGUUUUGGCCACUUAAAUUUAGCUUAGAGUGGAGUUGUGGCUGAAUGUUAAAAUUCUAAUGAAUGUCAAAUUAGAAAUAUAGGCCUAUUGCUCUGUCAGUCUCACCCAAACUACUGAUGUUUUGUUGGUAUUGUGAUAGCGGUGAUUAGAAUGCUAUACUUUCAGUGCUAUAUUUUUACUGCUAGGUUUUUACUCUAUAAAGCCUCUUGCGUUUUUACUUUUCCGAGUUCCAUCUUUUGGCCUUAAAUAAGGAGAUUUUUGCUUGAUGUUUUUGAAAAUGCUGCAUUCCUGUUCUGCCUACUAACAAAGCAGUUCAUUGCAAACUUCAUGUAGCCUUGCACUUAGACAUUACCGUCAACGUUAUUCAAGCUGAAACGCCUGUGUAAGUGCUUGAGAAAUUUUAGUUCAAUGUCUCAUUUUCUGGAGGAGAAAGAAAGCUUGAAUUUAAGUGGAAGUUUCUGCUUUGAUUUAGCAAUACUUUUACCUUAAAAGUUGGUACUGUUUGUUUGUUCAAAUUGACUGUUUAAUGAAAAAAAAACCCCAUAACAUCAACUCGGUUUCACUCGAUGUGCUUUUGCUUCAGUCCCUGUUACUAUUGCCACGCAAACCUAGUCCACUGCAGCAGGUGCUAACUUGGAGUUCUGCUGCAAAUGGAUCAGACAGUACAAAGAUGAAGAAGUAGAAGUUAGAUCACAAUGAAUUAGAAUAUUUUAUUAUGGAGGGGACACCGAAAGGAGACAGAUUUUUAUGUACUAAAGAAAAACAGGACAGGGAAAAGUGUAAAAAUCUCUGUAACUUCCUAACUUGCCUUGUUUAAAUUGUUGCAGCUUUAACAGCAUAGUGUCUCCAUAACUGCUUCUAUAAAUGUCUUGAAACUGGUAAGCGCUAACCAAAUGUAUGUGAAGACUUUGAAAGUAUUUCGAGCUUUCUGGCCACUGAAGUUCAUAUAUUCCUGCAGUGGCUUGUGGCAAAAGAUCUGUUUUGUUUUACCAUGUACGAUAAUUGUUUGUUCAGCCACUUAAUGUAAAAGCUUACAGUUUACUUUCUUGCUUGCAUUAGCCUGUUUGUCUUGACCCAACUGGCUUGCAAAUAUAAAAGGAAAAAUUGCUGAAUUGAGCAACUGCACUACUUUUCUUUUGGAAGCCAGUGGGAUCGUUGUGCUCAUGCUACUGUCUCUGUUUAAAAGCUUUAAUGGAAAUUUGUGAAAGUAUUAUGAAAGUGAAAAAGUAUGUGAUUCUACUUUGCAAGAAUAAUCUAAAAAUCUGUUCAUAUAGCUUUAAUUUUUUACCUUAUGAAAAUUCACGGAAUUUUAAUCUGCUUUGUCUCUGACACAAGUUCUGUGUGAUGUACACAUUGCUUUUUGAAUGUCAUUUCACGAUCUAAUGUAAAGUAGAAUCUGCGAAAGGUUCUGUGUGGGGGCUGGGGGGUAGUUAUCUGUGCAUUAAACAUUAAAGAUGUCUGUAGUCAUCAGCACCAAAUACUGACGCUUACUUUUAAUUGUACUAUUAUAGGUGCAUUUAUUUGAAAAUAAAUCAGCCUUCCAAUCUAAUGUUUAGGUUUUCCUAUACCACUUCAUUUAUUUGAUUUGAAGAGUCAGUGUGUGAAUACAUUACUGUAAAGUUUCUUUUCAGUGCUAUUUUUAACUCUAAUUUCUGUAGAUAAACAAAUAUAACUUGUUUAUAUUCAGUCACGUUUUGGAUCCUUAUGUAGAAUAUAGAAGCAGGAGACAUGAAUCUGCUUGCAAUAAAUAUAAACAUUCAAGACCGUUUCAAGUUUGUUCACAAAUAAUUAAAAUAAUUCUAGUAUGAAUAAGAGAUGGUUUCAUAGUAGUCGGUAAUAAAAUGUCAGUAGAUAGCAGAAAA